AUGGCAUCUACACGAGUCGCUGCAUGUCAUGUCGCCUCUCACUUCCUCUCUGCCCGAAAAUCCGUCGACAAAGCCAUCUCGCUCAUCCACCAGGCUGCCAGGAAUUCCGCCAACCUAGUCGUCUUCCCAGAGACAUACCUAUCAGCCUUUCCAAUCUGGAGCGCCAUCCGUCCCCCAACCGAAAACCAUGAUCUUUUCCAUCGCAUGGUCCAGGAAUCGCUGUAUGCUGAUGGCGAAGAAGUAAGACUUCUUCAAGGAGCUGCCCGCGAGACCAAAACCGUCAUCAGCAUGGGGUUUUCCGAGAGGUCGCCGGCCAGUACGGCUUGCUUGUAUAAUUCGAAUUUGAUCAUCAACACCACGGGCGAGGUCGCCGUGCACCAUCGGAAGUUGAUGCCGACGUUCUUUGAGAAACUUACUUGGAGCCCUGGGGAUGGGUGGGGAUUGCGUGUGGCUGAUACGCCGUACGGUCGUGUUGGGGGACUAAUCUGUGGGGAAAAUACUAAUCCCUUGGCGCGGUAUUCGCUGAUGGCUCAGCGCGAGGAGAUUCAUAUCUCGUCUUGGCCGCCUAUCUGGCCGACAAGGGUCCCAACAUCACCACCGAAGCAGGAGAAGGAGAAAGAACAGAGCCAGGGCCCGGCGAACUACGACAAUGUACUCGCAAACAGACUCCGGGCUGCAGCUCACUGCUUCGAAGCAAAGUGCUUUGGAGUGAUGUGUAGCGGAUACCUCAGUCAAGAAGCCAUUGAUAUCAUUGUUUCCGGCUCCAGCUCCCCUGAUAUUGUCCAGGGUGUGCUGGAAAACUCCCCUCGGGGUGUAAGUAUGUUUCUUGAUCCGACUGGAACACCUCUUCCUUCGUUUACUCUGGAUGAGGAUACGAAGACGCAGAAACCCACGGAUUUCCUGCAGAACGAGGAAGGGAUUCUCUAUGCGGAUAUGAAACUCGAUCGUUGUAUUGAAGGAAAGCAGUAUCAUGAUGUGGUGGGGGGGUAUCAGAGACUGGAUGUUUUUCAAUUGCAGGUUAACAGGUCUCGACGGGAUCCUGUCGUCUUUACGGAGGGCUCUGACAUCGGAGAGGAAUAA